AUCUUUAUCAAGUAGUUUGCGUUUCACCGGCCACGGAGAUACACGUAAACAAUGUCUCGGCCAGUUUUAUCGUCGCAUGUAUUAGAUACAUCUACUGGGCGCCCCGCGGCAGGACUAUUUGUGGAAUUAUAUAAAAAUAAAGACAGUUCGUGGACAUUAUGGCAUAGUUCUAUGACGACCAGUGACGGCAGGAUACAGUUUCCGUUUUCAAAUGACUCCAUGGCGGCAGGAACAUACAAGCUAUUGUUUAAAGUCGGUGAUUAUUACAAAAUGCACGAUAAGGAGACGAUAUACCCAUUUGUCGAGAUCACAUUCAACACCAAAGACGGCGAGCACUACCACAUACCACUACUGCUGAGCCCCUACGGAUAUACUACUUACAGAGGAAGUUAAUCUACUACUAUUAAUAUUACUAGUCACCACUUUUUAAUAAAUCUAUCUUUACUAUUCAA